UGUCCGCCACCACACAAGCUACCCGUGUUAUAUCUCCUUGAUUCUAUUAGCAAAAAUGUUGGUGGUAUAUAUAUCCAAUUAUUCGCUCGAAACCUUUGUAAUACCUUUAUGGAUACGUAUGAUGUCGUAGAUCAACCAACGAAACAAAAACUUGAGCGAGUUUUAGCCACAUGGAAAAGUGGCCCAACAGGUGCACCAGUGUAUUCAACUGAAGUAACUGGUCAAAUCGAAAGAGCUCUACUGAAGCAACAGAGGAUGCAAUCACGCGGAUCAAUAGAUGUCGGAAGGCAUAUUCAUAUUAAUCCUAAUUUCUUAAGUGGAGCUAUUGGUCAGAAUACUUUAGCAACCUACCAACAACAAGCACAGCAAUUACAACAAUCACAACAAAAUCAACAAUUACAAGUUCAGCCAGUUACCCAGGUUCAGCCAGUCCAACAAACGGCAAAUCAAUGGGUUGAUAACGCUAGGUAUAACAAUGGGAUAUCAGGAUACACUGCAACGCCAAACCGACAAGGAUAUUAUUCUCAGCAG